AUGGCAGCCUCUAAGCCGAAAUGGGCCACGGUCAAGACAACCUUGCCUGCGCGCCCACUGCCACUCAACGCCUCUCGAUCUCCCGUAACAACAGACAGCUUGCUUAUCCGGCCUCUUGUUCCAGAAGAUGCCCGCAGCCUGCAUAUUCUGCGGACUCAGCCCGAGGUCAUGGCCAACAGUCCCCAAGGCAGGCCCGACAAGGAUCUGGAAGAGACGCAGCAGAGGCUCAGCCCGUUUCUCUCUCCCAAUGACGAGAAGACAUUCAACUGUGCCAUUUGUCUCAAAGACACGGGAGAAUUAAUUGGCAUUGGCGGAUGCCACCAGCUCGUCUCCAUGUUUGGCUGGCCUGCCAUCGGAUACAUGAUCCGAACGGAGUUUUGGGGCCAGGGCCUCGCCACCGAAUUCGUCAAGGCAUGGCUGGAGUCGUGGUGCGAGUUGCCCCGCGCAGAGGCAGAGUUGGAAAUUGACCGGCGGACCCUUUUGUCUGAUGAGGAUGAAGAGUCGUCGCCGGAGCAAGUGACUGCGUUUACGCUCGUGGAUAAUAUUGGUAGCCAGAGGGUGCUGGAGAAGGCUGGGUUUGAGCGGUUUCUGACUUGGGAGGAGGCUGAUUUGAGAGAUCCGGCUUUGCAGGUGACGCUGAUUGGAUAUCGGUACGUGCUGGGGGACCAUUUACGGAAUUGA